CUUCAGGGUUUGUGUGACCUCCGACCCCAAAGCAAGGUUAUGCUCCAGCCGAGCGUUUAUAUGAGGCGGUGUGGUCCCGGCUCCUGGAGUCCAUCAUGUGUCCCGGGACUCUGUGCUGCUGCGCCGCUGUGCUGCUGCUGCUGCUGCUGGUGAAGUGCAUGCUGGGACAGCGGAGGUCCUCCCGGGCCGGCGUGCCGCUGCCGUGUCUGCCUCGACUGCCGCUUCUGGGCAGCCUCCUGCACCUGCGCUCGGCCCUGCCGCCGCACCUGCUCCUCACACACCUGUCCCGCCGCUACGGGCCGCUGUUCGGGCUGUACGCCGGGCCGCACCUCACGCUGGUGGUGAGCGAGGCCGGGCUGGUGCGGGAGGUGCUGCUGCAGCGCGGGAGAGAGUUCGCUGGACGGCCCAAAAUGGUGACCACAGAUCUGUUGACUCAGGGCGGGAAGGAUAUAGCGUUUGCCGACUACAGCCCGCUGUGGAAGAGCCACCGGCGACUGGUCCACUCCUCGUUCACACUGUUCGGAGAGGGAUCCAGUAAACUGCAGACCAUCGUUCUAGAGGCCGCAGACAGUCUGUGUGAGGAGCUCGGGUCCCUCAGGGGUCAGAGUUCAGAUCUGAGUCCGGUUCUGAUGCGGGCCGUCACUAACGUCAUCUGUCGACUCGUGUUCAGCUCCUCGUAUCAGCCGAACGAUCCCGAGCUCCUGAAGGUCAUGGAUUACAACGACGGGAUCGUGCAGACCAUCGCCAGAGGAGGACUCGUCGACAUCUUCCCCUGGCUCAGAAUUUUCCCCAACAAAGACCUGAAGAAGCUGAAGGAGUGUGUUUCUGUGAGAGACCAACUACUGCGCAACAAACUACAGGAGCACAAGAUGAGCCUCACCCCUGGAGAGCCUCGAGACCUGAUGGACGCUCUUCUGAUUGGCCAGAUGAAGGGGUCAGGUGGGGAUGAUGACAUCACUGAGGAUCAUGUGCUCAUGACGGCAGCCGAGGCGUUUGGAGCCGGAGUCGAGACCACCUCCACUACACUACUGUGGACUAUAGCGUUCCUACUGCACCACCCACAGGUGCAGGAUCGUGUUCACGCUGAGCUGGAUGAGUGUGUGGGUCGGGAUCGUCCUCCGUCUCUCAGUGAUCGAUCGAGUCUCCCGUUCCUGGACGCCGUCGUGUGUGAGGUGAUGCGUAUCCGACCCGUCAGCCCGAUCCUCAUCCCACACGUCGCUAUGCAGGACACCAGUUUGGGGGGGCACACAGUUCCCAAAGGAACCCGGGUUUUGGUGAACAUGUGGGCGAUCCAUCAUGACCCCAAACACUGGGAUGAACCUGACACAUUCAGACCAGAACGGUUCCUCGACUCGUCAGGGAAAAGAACGACUCCUGCCAGUUUUCUCCCGUUCGGCGCUGGUCCUCGCGUGUGUGUGGGAGAAUCUCUGGCCAGGAUCGAGCUGUUCCUGUUCGUCAGUCGCCUCCUACAGCGCUUCCGCUUCAGCGUCCCGUCGGGAGCUUCAUUACCAGACCUGACGGGCCGGUUUGGGGUCGUGCUUCAACCUCAGCGCUACACUGUUCGAGUCACACCGCGACACUGAGCCCGAACUGCAGUCUCCUCUGUUAGACACCAGGUGGCGGCACUGAGUCAUUCAUCACUUAAAGGGACAGUGCAUCCAAAAAUGAAAAUUAGCCCAUGAUUUACUCACCCUCAUGUCAUCCUAGGUGUAUAUGACAUUCUUCUUUCAGACGAAUACAAUCUGAGUUAUAUUAAAAAAUA